GAAGACAACGAAGAAAGAAGAGAGAGAAAAAGAGAGACAGCCAUUUCGUCAGGAGAGAGAGAGAGAGCGAAGACGGAGACAACAAUGGCGGAGGAGACGAUGGAUAAUAAUAGGAAGAGCGAGGAGAGCGUGAAGCUAUUCGUCGGACAAGUUCCGAAGCAAUUGUCGGAGGCUCAGCUUCUGGCAUUUUUCCAGGAGUUCGUCAUCGUUGACGAGGUCAACAUCAUCAAGCACAAGAUAACUCGUGCAUCCCGAGGAUGCUGUUUUAUUACAUGUCCGUCGAGGGAGGAGGCGGACAAGGCGGUCAAUGCUUGUCAUAACAAGAAGACUUUGCCGGGGGCUUCUAGUCCUUUGCAAGUAAAGUACGCAGAUGGCGAGUUAGAGAGGCUAGAGAACAAACUUUUUAUCGGUAUGCUUCCAAAGAAUGUCUCCGAAGCUGAAGUUCUAUCCUUAUUCUCCAAAUACGGGACCAUAAAGGAUCUACAAAUUCUAAGAGGUUCUCUACAAACCAGCAAGGGCUGUGCUUUUCUGAAGUAUGAGAGAAAAGAACAAGCUGUUGCUGCCAUGGAAAUCAUCAACGGAAAGCAUAAAAUGGAGGGUUCGAAAUUUCCUUUAGUUGUCAAAUGGGCAGAUACAGAAAGGGAAAAAGAAGCAAGGAGAUUUCAGAAGGUACAAUCACAGGCCUCAAGACUAGCUAGUGCCGACCCACAAAAUCCGUCAUUGUUUGGAGCAUUACCAAUGAGUUUUGUUCCCCAUUACAAUGGAUAUGGAUACCAUGGUCCUGGAACUUAUGGGUACAUGCUACCAUCAUUGCAGAAUCAAGCUUCCUUUCACAAUAUGAUUUCACCAAACCCAGGUAAUAGCCCAUUGCGAGGAGUCUCAUCUGAAUCUGUCCCACCCCGUUUGGCCCGUAUAAACUUUCCAAUGCCUCCUGCAAAUUACAUUGGCUCUGGCUAUCCUACUGUACCAAGUCUUCACUAUCCAUUGUCAUAUCCUCGAGGUAUGAUGAAUCCUCAUCCUCUCAACACUUCAUCUGGAUCUGUAUCACCUGCCAUUGCUAAUAGUGGCUCAUUGACAUCUUCAGGCGCUAGCUCGUCAACGUCUUCUGGGGCUCAAGCUGAAGGACCGGCUGGUGCAAAUCUAUUUAUCUACAACAUACCUCGAGAAUAUGGAGAUCAAGAGCUAGCUAGCACAUUUCAACCGUUUGGUAGGGUUCUGAGCGCAAAAGUUUUUGUGGACAAGGACACUGGCAUAAGCAAAUGUUUCGGCUUUGUAAGUUAUGAUUCGCAAGCAGCUGCUCAAAACGCCAUUAACAUGAUGAACGGCCACCCAUUAGGCGGUAAGAAAUUGAAAGUUCAGCUUAAGAGAGACAACAACAACAACAACAGAGUAAACCCUUGUUAAUAAACCCGUAAGCCCUAAAUCCCGAACCAUCUUCAUUGUAAAAAUCCACGGGGGUACCAGGCUAACUGUUCGACCCCAUUUAGAAGUAAAACGCAGCCCCUUGCAGGAAAGCUGUAACUCCAUGCUGCAACUGGAUCUUUUCUUCUCUCCUUAACUUUUAAUUUUGUGCCAAUACACAUUGUAUUUUGUGUAUCAUUGAAAUUCUUGUAGACACUUUUAUGGUUAUUACCAUUAAAUUCAUUUAUUCUUUUCUCC